AUUCUACGCAAUAUUGCACCAUGGGCGGCGGUCAACUACCACGUGUAAAGGCGGUGACAGCUGGCGCGCUUUUCCUGCCCUUUUAACAUUAUUUUUCGCUUCCCCUCCGUCUGAAAAGAGUUCCAUUUCCAGACCUGUUCCCUGUUUUCUGAUAGUAAUAUCUGGUGGAGAUGGAACCUCUGGUUGAAUCGGAGGAGAAGGCUCGAGAAGGAACCGGCGUUCAUGGAGAACAAAUGAAUAUCGACAAACACGGUGCUAGUUCAUCCAUUGAGGGAUCCCAAACAACAAAACCGGGAAAAAACGAAUGGACGAAUGAGAAACAUAGCAUGUAUCUCAGUUCUAUGGAGACGUCUUUUGUUAAUCAGCUAUAUGAUUCCUUGGAGUCAUUCGGUUGGCACUCUCGGAAUAAAUGCUCGUCAGAUCAUAAAAUCUCCAAGCAAAAGCAUUCCACUUCUGGACAGUUUAAAAUCUUUCAAGAUGGAAAUUGGACCAAAAUUGAUGUCAGUAGAGGUGAACCAAUGUCUCCUAGAUUGAAUAGAAGAGAAGGAACUGGUCUGUUCUUGGCAAGCCCUUGGAUCAAACACUAUAGACUGGUCAGACAUCAUGUUGGAACAUCUUCAAACACUCAAGAAGAGAUUCAUGUGCCUGUUGGAAUGAUGAGUUGCAACCAUGAGGCUCAGUUUGAUUUGCACCAGGAGUCAAAUGAUAGCAUUACAGAGGUCACAGAUCAAAACUUUGUUGAUGACGAUCUUGAAACCUCCUCCAAAACGUCUCUGAGAAUGAAAAGCAUGGAAGGGAGGUAAACCAUGUUGGUUUCUGAUUCAAGCAAUGACAAAGUAAGGCAUUGGGCUGUUUGCUUGUGCAAUUUGCUGCUUUGAAUUCUUAUGUUCGGAUAACCAUGUCGAAAGACAAUAUUGACCACUGGGUUUGGAUUGACCACUCAGGUAGUAUUCUAACCCAAGAGGAGAAGCCAUUCUUGCAUUCAUCUUCGUCAUGGUUUUUUUACAUAAGCGGGUCAAGCUGCCUGCAGAUUAACAACCGGAGGAUUCUUCCAACAACAUCAUUUGAUUGUAUGUUAACAUGCAUUAGCUCUUUGCGUCAUUUUAUGUAACCAUUAAAACCCAUGUAUGUUCUGUGACUGACGAUGAUAAUUGAUGAAAUAUUAUUGGAUGAAUGAGGAUGUUGUACAGUUUUUCACCAACCUCAUUCAGACUUUGUU